UCAAGUGUAUGUGGGUCUCUGCCUCACCCUCACACACUUGCCGGUCCUCUUGCAACUCUUCUCGGGAUCCCUGGGUCCCUUUCCUCGGUGACAGGCUCCCCACACCAAGCAGUCACCAUUUCUGCCCCCGGGAGACCCACGCUGGCAGCGCAGCCCCUUCCCCGACUCAGCAUCGGGAGGAAGACCCUGGUGGCGGCUGCCGUAGGGGUUAUGCUCGUCCUGGUGCUGGUGGUCCUCAUCCCCGUGCUCGUCAGCUCUGUGGGUACAGAUGCCAGCCACUAUGAGAUGCUGGGCACCUGUCGUAUGGUGUGUGACCCCUACCUGAACAAGGGCACUCCAGCCAGCAGCACCAGCUCCACUGGUCUCCAGGCUGAGGCAGAGGCAUUGAGCGACCACAGCAACGUACUUCCACCCUCCACCUUACUGCAGGGCCCACAGGGGAAGCCUGGCAGGCCAGGCAAGCCGGGACCACCAGGACCACCGGGAGAACCUGGGCCACCAGGACCAGCGGGGCCUCCUGGUGACAGAGGAGAUCAGGGAAGGACUGGGAUUUUGGGUCUGGGGGGGAACGGAGCUAUCAGCACGGCCACCUACAGCACAGUGCCUCGGGUGGCCUUCUAUGCAGGGCUUAAGAACCCCCACGAAGGCUACGAGAUCCUCAAGUUUGACGACGUGGUCACCAACCUAGGCAACAACUAUGAUGGCAUUUCGGGCAAGUUCAUCUGCAGCAUACCUGGCACAUACUUCUUCAUCUACCAUGUGCUGAUGAGAGGAGGGGACGGCACCAGCAUGUGGGCAGAUCUCUGCAAAAAUGGCCAGGUUCGUGCCAGCGCCAUUGCCCAAGACGCUGACCAGAACUAUGACUAUGCCUCCAACAGCGUCAUCCUCCAUCUGGACGCAGGGGACGAGGUAUACAUCAAACUGGACGGAGGCAAAGCCCAUGGAGGCAACAACAACAAGUACAGCACCUUCUCUGGCUUCAUCCUCUACGCAGACUGAGAACAGACAGACACAAAGACAGUCAGACAGAAAGAAAUUGAGAGAAAGAGUUGUAUACCAGGGGGGUGGUGUGUGUGUGUGUGUUAAAAGCUGGAAUGCUUUCUAGUUUUCCUAAUUCUCUCCAUCAUCACGGACACCUCUGCUUCAUAUCCAUCAGCAAAGAGACAUCCAGGCUCUGUAGCAGAGCCUGGAUGCAAAGCUCCUGAGGACACACUGAGAGGGGCUGGGCAGGAGGCAUGGGAGGAGUGGGAUAUAGGGUGGAGAUGGGCUGGUUUUUCUGCACUCCUCGUCAGGAUGCCGAAGUGUCAGAAGCUCCUCGCUUUCAGUGUCUCUCCUCUUCAGACCUGCUCCAUUGCACAGAAGUAUCAAGAACAAUGAAAACCCUGCAAAAGUGGAUGAUCUCACCUCCUCUCUCCACAGCGGCAACAGUCAGCUGUACUGUCAGUGGACUCAAUUGACUGAAACUCGUAGUGUUGUUCCGUGCAAUUUUCCUUAGAUUGUGUUUUAAUUUUGUAGACAUGCAUAAUAUUCUACACAAAUGAGAUUUAAAAAAAUAAUAUAUUUGUCCCUUGUGAAAAUAUUCUGUUAGACUGAGAGAACGGAUUUGUGAGAUGUUAUUUGUGAUGCAGCUCAGAGAUCUAACAGCUGGAAAAUAAUUCUUUAAAUCAAGACAGUAUUUCAUGGCAGUGGGUGUGUUUCUUCAUCACUGGGUACAGCAAGGUAACUAUAUAUUGUUCAUGUGGAGAAUUAUACAUUCUGCAAUGUACUUUCCAAUGUAUCUGAAAAAGGAAACAUCUCAUAUAGACAAUACCCUUUCCACAAAGCACCUCACGCUGUCCGCACACACACAAUGUCCUGCUGCUGUUUGGAUUAAAAGUAGAGUUCAAAUUGUCUUUGUUUUAUGUAGAUGCUUGGUCUACUCGACACAACCAGUCAUGUGUUGAAGCAAAAUCUUCAGAUUCCGAAGUAACCUAGUUCAAGAGCGCGCCCGCUCUUUCUUCUUCUUUGCUGUGCUGACCUCCUAGCCUUCUGCGCGGCAUCUAAAGAAGAGGGCGAGGGAGAGAAAGUCACAAAGAUGGAGAGUGAAAGAGUAAGAAGAGAGCAAGAUGGUGGGGAGGUAGAGGGGAGGGUUCAGGCACAGUAACUGUGAGUGGGCAAUUUUUCUGUUUCAGUGUCUCUGAGCGUCACUGGAUGUCAUCCGUUCAUUAGCUGCAUAUUCACUGACACACAGGCAUUAUGGUAAUAUUUACUCAACAUGGCGGCCUGACAGCUUGCUUGAAAAUGAAAUUGAUUGGGUGAGUGACUUGGUCUAUUAUGACUGCACGUUUGUGUGUGUGUGCGUGUUUGUACGUGCGAGUAUGUAUGUGUCUGUGCACAGUGAGUGUCUGCAUUUAGCAUGUGCCGUGCCAUAGCUACAUCGUUCUUUUUCAGAGUUAUUCUGUGCUACAGCCAAUGACAGAUAUUUUACUCAGCAGCCAAUGAGAUUGUGCUCUGUAGGGUGGGGAGCCUCUAUAGAUAUGAUGAGAAGAACAAACAGCUUGUAAAUUAAAUCUAUGACAUGUUUGUCUAUCUUAUCUUUUGGAAUUGUUGAAUACAUUUAAAUAAUA